UCAUACUGUAUUUGCAGUUCUUAAAUCAUCGUUCUAGUUAGUGGAUCGGCCGCAAGUAAUUGUCUGAUCUACAGCCCUGCACAGGGCCCUCUAACCAGAACCACCCAGUCUUCAAAACUGAUAGGCACCCAAACCGGGCCCCGUAAAUUUUCCCAUUUUCAUCCCCGUGAUACCAGGAAACAAGUUAUAGUCGAAGAAGACCCGCCCUACCCGGACGGCUCUCUUUCAUGACGCCAAAUGAUGAACCAGGCGCUGAGAGCCUUUCGCACCAACUGCGCGACAAAAAGAAAGACUGUUCUUUCCACCACUGAUACAUCCAACACCGGCCUAUAACCCCUUUCGCCAUGAACAAUGUUCAGCAGGACCCAUCACAGCCCAUCGAGCCCUUCUUGAAGAAGUUGCUAUCGCUGCUUGACCUCCAACUCCAUCUACCCGGCACGGCGUCGCCACAACCGCAGUUUCCGUCGGUGGAAGCAUAUGCAACACAGUUUGCAAAACAACUAAAGCCGGCCAGCGCGGUUGUUUUCAACGGCAACCCGUUGAUCCCGCAAGCACCGGCCAACGACUCGCGGCUCGAGUUCCAGAAAAAAUGGCUUGCGUCGCCCGCCUCCAACCACCAGCUCACGUGCUUCGACACGCACUUGGUGCCCGGCACGGGUCUCUACACAAUCAUUGCACAUGGGAAAGUGCGUUUUGACGAGAGUGGCCGCACGCGUUUGGGCGAAAGCGCCGAUCUUGUGGUGCCGAGCUCGGGCGCGGCGCAAAAGCCGCGGGCGCUCUGGGGGCCGUGGUUCGGCUUCAAUAUCAACUUGGUAGUGGACCAGAGCGUCGCCACCAACGAUGAGACCGAAUGCAUCAACAGCUUGAAUUACCGUGUCACGUACAAGCCGCACGAUACCGUGGUCUCGGUGUAGGGCGUCAGUCUCCAGUUGGGAGUGCCGCUUCAACAAUGCAACCUGCGAGGCUUGCACCUUGUGAAAAGCCAUUGUGUGGCCCCCCGGCGUGAGGAGCACGAGCUCAAGUAGAAGGCGCGUGGCCGUGAGAGGAGAGAGCCCUACUGCGGCG